AAAUAAUUUCACGUCGAGCCUUCAAAAUGGAGUUGGAGGAGCUGGACGUGGUUCAAAUUCUCAUCGUUUCUGUGUUGAUAUUUUUGCCGCUGCUCUACGAACUGAGUAGCACAUUCAAGUACUACGCCAAAAUGUGGCUUUUGUACGUCAUCCUGGCAUUCGGAUCGCUUCUCAUAAUCGUUUUAGGCCUGCAUAGAUGGCGCGAUCCAGAAAAUGCAAAGUUAAUUUGUUGGAUUCUGUCGUACACAUCCAAGCUCUUUGGCAUCCGCGCCGAGAUCCGCGGCUCGGAAUAUCUACGGCACGACAAACCUUGCGUGGUGGUCGCAAACCAUCAAUCAUCACUGGACUUAUUUGGAAUGUACAUGAACGGUGUGUGGCCUGAUAGAUGCGUCCCUCUGGCAAAGAAAGAGCUUCGGAUGGUUCCAUUUUACGGCUGGGUGGCCUGGCUGACAGGGGCCAUCUUCAUCGACAGACUGAAUCCAGAAUGUGCCAAGGGAACGGUCGAUGCCACGGUCAAGAUUUUACGGGACCACAACCUGAAACUCUGGGUUUACCCGGAAGGAACGAGAAACCAUGAUGCCGGCCUGCUACCGUUCAAGAAAGGUGCCUUCCACCUAGCAGUAACAGCUCAGGUGCCAAUAUGUCCAGUUGUUUUUUCAUCAUACUCAGAGUUUUACAGCAAAAAAGAAAAGCGUUUUGGGACUGGAAAGUUUACAAUCACGAUCUUGCCACCAAUCAUGACAGACGGCAAAACGAGCGAAGAUGUCAAUGAGCUGACUGAGCAAGUGCGUAAACAGAUGCUGAACGUCUACAAUGAGAGCUCUAUGCAGAGACUAGAGAGCAACGGGGUCAACUGAGGUCAUGACCUUUCACCUCCCCCACCAUUUUGGUCUUGUUCCCAGUAUGCUUUGUUUGUCAAGGCCUGCAGCAGGUUGGGUACCCAUCUAUUUUCAUACCAGAAAGGAUCUUGCAGGAUUUUUUUGAGCAACAGCUAUACUUUGGUCUGGUUACCUUCAUUCGAGUUAAACAUAGCCCUGUUGUAAAUGCAAACAUCGUUUGACUUGUGAUAGGGUAAAAGACUUAACGCAAUGGGAAACAGAACCAUCACUGAAAUACGACAUGUUAAUAAUGGCCUUGACUCUCCACACACGAUCUUGAUGAUGGACAUGAUCAACUUACGAAACAGGAAUAUACUUGGCUACUUUUGAAUUGAAACCGAGAUCCUAGAAUAUUGUUUUCCAGAAUAUACGGAAUUAAUAAAGCUAAAACUUCAGCAGGUGAGUUGUUGAGCACCAUCUUUAGAUUUUGUUGCUUCAAACCAAAAAUGCACAAAUGACAAAUGAUCUACCCUACCUUUAAAUCUCAACCCCCCCCCCCAAAAAAAACCCUUUUCACCUGGAAUCAAGGCUAAAGUGUCCACCCUACCUUGAAAAACUAUGUGAUUUCUGACAAUUAAAAAUUCUGUAAGUUAAACUUGCCCCUGGCACGGUGGCAGUAUUUACACAGUUAGUAAGCACAUUGUUCAUUGUACCUAACCAAAAUAAACAAUGACCUCAUUUGACCUGUAGAUGACCUUUGACACACACAGAAGGAAUACGCUAUCCCAGUACCCCUUUUCUGGCUUAAACGCCAGGGGGAUAAAAACUCAAAGGGAAAGUUGGAGAAGUUGAAUUCACUCUCUACCACUGAAUAAUCUGUGUCCCAAAUUAUUUGUGAACCAGUGAAAGUGAUUUCUACGUAGUGAUUUCUACGGUCAUAGUUAGUCAAAAUAAAGAAGCCCCUUCGUAAAAUCUAAAAACAACUCGGAGUUAAAGGGGGUAAACGAAAGUGGGGG